AAUUGGCAUUAAUUAGGUAUACCAGUCUGUAUACAUAUACCAUUCAAGGAUUUCAAAUACUCCGUACAAUACAAGCAUAGUCACAGAGUCACAGUACACAGAGAGAGAGAGAGAGAGAGCUCUGCGUUCAGUACUAGAAAUGCUAAAAGUAGAAAAAUAUAUCAAGUACAUAUAGAGAGAGAAAGAGAGAGAGAGAGAGAAACAGCAUAAUAGUGUGUUCAGACUUGAGAGUCAAAGAGAAUAAUUAGGUAUUAUAUUCAUAAAGGUGUUGAUCUUUUACAGAUUGGGCAGUAUAUUCAUUAAGCUUUGAACAAGGAGUGGGGUUCUGCAAUUGAUGGCUGAAACUGGUUCAAGAUUCAAGGCUUUUGUGACUGUGAUUGCAGUGCUUGCGUUUGCUUUUCUAAGUAUUGCUUUUGCUGAGGCAUCUGCAGAGCUAAGGCACCACAAAAACAUUUUGAGAAACCAUGGAACAACUGAAGAAGAAGAAGAAGAAAAAGGCUUUAGAUCAGGUUACGUUUUUGAGCUGCUCAACUCCCUCUUGGAGGCUGGUCAAGCAGUUUACCGCCAUGUUUGGCCUGACUUGGAAUUUGGGUGGAGGAUAGUUCUUGGUAGUGUGAUUGGGUUCUUUGGUGCAGCUUUUGGGAGUGUUGGAGGUGUGGGAGGAGGUGGGAUUUUUGUUCCAAUGCUCACUCUCAUCAUUGGAUUUGAUGCAAAGUCGUCGACUGCAAUCUCGAAAUGUAUGAUCACUGGCGCUGCAGGCGCCACCGUUUAUUACAAUCUCAAGCUACGACAUCCAACGCUCGACCUGCCCAUUAUUGAUUAUGAUCUAGCUCUUCUUCUACAGCCAAUGCUGUUGCUUGGAAUCAGUAUCGGGGUUAUUCUCAAUGUCCUCUUUUCUGAGUGGAUGGUUACUGUAUUGCUCAUCAUUCUUUUCUUAGCUGCAUCAACUAAGGCGUUCUUCAAAGGUGUUGAGACAUGGAAGAAAGAAACUAUAAUAAAAAAGGAGGCUGCUAGGCGCUUGGCAUCUCGAGGUGUUGACAACAGAGAAGGAGGAUACAGCCUCCUACCUGGAGGCACAAAUAAUGCUUCUGGAAUGAAACAAGAUGGACAAAAAGCACCAGAGGUCUCAUGUGUUGAGAAUAUGCACCUGAAGGACUUGGGUGUACUCAUUGCUGUCUGGAUUGUAAUCUUAGUGCUGCACAUCGUCAAGAACUAUGCCACACCUUGUUCCAUGAUGUACUGGAUAUUCAAUGCCUCACAGGUCCCCGUUGCUGUAGGAGCUUCGGCUUAUCAGGCAGUCUGCUUAUACAAGGGCUGGAGGGUAGUCAUGUCAAAUGGUGAAGUCGCAACAAACUGGAAAGUGCAUCAGCUGGUUCUUUACUGUUUCUUCGGGAUUUUGGCUGGUGUAGUUGGUGGGUUGCUAGGUCUUGGAGGGGGAUUCAUUUUGGGUCCAUUAUUUCUAGAGCUUGGAAUUCCUCCCCAGGUAUCAAGUGCCACUGCCACCUUCAUAAUGCUGUUUUCAUCAUCAAUGUCGGUCAUACAAUACUACCUUCUUCACCGUUUCCCCGUACCUUAUGCUAUCUAUUUCGUUGCGGUGGCUACUAUUGCUGCGUUGGUAGGGCAACAUGUGGUGCGAAAAAUAAUUAGUAUAGUAGGGAGGGCAUCCGUGAUCGUCUUUGUUUUGGCCUUCACAAUCUUUCUGAGCGCAAUAUCAUUAGGUGGCGUUGGCAUCUUCAACACUAUUAGGAAGAUAGAGGAUGGAGAAUAUAUGGGAUUUGUUAACAUCUGUGAAACUUCUUACUAACACUGCUUCUACAGAUUGUUCUUUUCCUCUUUUUGUUCAAGUUAAGAGAGUUUCUUCUUUAUGCUUGUCACUCCUGUAAUCUGACAUGAAGACUCUGUCCAUAAACCAUUGUUGUAAAGUUUGCAAGACAGUACUUGAGAGAUUCCAAGAUUUUUUUAAAUCUUCCUGGAACAUGACCUUUGAUCAUGGUUCAUGUUCUUGUAAACUAUUGGGACUAACUCUGUCCCUAUAAUGCUGGUUGGAUCAGUUUCUAUUCCUAUGUUGCAAUAUAUUUAUUCUAUUAAUUGAAA